UCCUAGGCACAAUGCAAUGGGGAGACCCGGGACAAAUUAGAAACAUUAUAAUCUAUGUAUAUUACCUCUGAUUUCACAAAUCUCUUCAGUCUGGUGGUGUCAAUCGAUUGCAACCACAAAGAAGGGACAGAGGAACAAUCCCUAUAUAUGAUCACAGCCCUAUAUGUCAUUCUCCAUUUUAUACACCAUUUUCACAAGUAUAAUGCUCUGGCUGAUCCCUUGUGACGAUCUGGUUGGAUUCAUGUGAUCUCGAAGCAGUUUGUUAGGAGGGAUCAGCCAAUGAAGUCCCACCCAGUUGACUACAUUGUAAAGACGCGGAAGCCGUCAAUGGCUCCUAUCAUAAAUGGGUCCCAUCCAUCCCCACGGUAGUAAACCUAGAGAAACGAUUAACUGGUUGUGUUAUGGCUGAUGUAAGGAGACCACUUUGUGGUGUCAUGUGGUAUUGCAUCUUCUGUCAUUUCAUGAAAAUGUUUUAGUGACAGUGUUGAGGAGACACACCUGUGUAGUUCAGCAGGAAUCGCAUGAUGCUGGAAAUCCAAUGUACCCAAAACCCAACUGGGUUUAUGACCACAGGGCUUGUAUGAACACAUGCAUGCACUACUGUCAUUUGCUGUGGAUGAGAGCAUCUGCUAAUUUAUGUAAAAUUUAAGGAGAUGAAUGGGUAGUAGACACAGUAGCUAAACAUAGUGUAAGAGGUUAAUAAAAUGGAUUUAAGUAUUUCCAAUUGUCUAAGGCCAAACCAUUACCUCAACUCCCAUUGAAUACUUUUAUCCAAAGAGUGAAUUUCACCACACGUUCUUUACUGAGAUCGUGUAUAUAAGCAUGCCUUCUGUUUCUCAGGGUAAACUGUUUUCCAAUUCCAGUUAGACACUCUGCAUGCUCCGCGCAAUCAUGGUUUCAGAUACUGUAUCAAGUUUGUGAUAAAAUGCGUUUGUUAAACUGCAUACUUGAUCAUCCGACACUUAGACUUAGGUCCAGACAACACAACGUCUGACUAAGCACAAAAGUGCAUAAACAGGCCCUGUGUCGCAGGUGCCUUUAUUGUUAGCGUUUUUGCGCGUCAUCGGCACACCACAUCCUCAGAUAACGGCAAAAUCAGACCGAAAUAACAUUAAUGAAAUUGGCUGAUAGUCGAUUUUAUAAUCGCAGCCCUGGUCUGUUACAGCUACGUGGGUUUUUCUCAGCCAAUUCUCGUUUCGCACAGCUGGACUCUGACAAUAUUUCUUACAUCUGCGGCAAACAAUAAAUUAUUCUAAAGAUAAUUAUUACAAAUGUAUGUAACAAUUACUGUACCAUAGCCAACCGAGUCACACAGUUGUACAUAACCUUUAAAAAGCUAGGUUUCUGUGUUGAACUCCCAUAAAGGACGGUAGGAAAAUAAAUUCACUCACUGUUGCUUUGGAUAAGACUAAAAGGCUAAUAUUGACGCAAGAACAUGUGGAGCAACUUUUGUGGGUACACACUUCUUGUUAUUCAGACAAAGAGAAGGGCACAGUCACUCAGUCUUACUGCCAAGACUAUGGAUCAAAUUCACCUCUGCUUAGUUUAAAGUGAACAACACAGGAAUCGCCCACUAAAUCACCUGAUAACCCUUAGGAUUAACUGGGAGAAAAACUGGACCAAGAGAGAGAUCUGACCGGACAUGUAACGGCGUCUCGCUCUGCGCGGGGUCAAUAAACUCACGACCGGAGUGGCAGUGGGACAAUCUAAUAAUGGGGUCGUGUCUAGUUUGUUGUGGUACUUCAUAGUGAACGACAUUUGUUAUAGUCUCCUUAACUUCCGGACACACCAACGUCAUCUACAGAAAAAGGGUCAACGUGUGGAGUUGAUGUGGUCGCUGGUUUUGGCCGGAGGAAAAAUUCCGCUGGUCAGAGGUUCGCUGGGUAAAACCUGCCCAGACUGUGGAACUGGCCCUACCGGCAACCCCCGGUCCUCCCAGCAACCCCCGGUCCUCCCGGCAACCCCCGGACCUCCCGGCAACCCCCAGUCCUCCCGGCAACCCCCGGUGGCACACUAUGGUGGAUGUGACGAAAUGGCCUCUGUUUAGCCUGCUGGGAGACCAGGUGCUGUCAUCCAUUCGGCAGGCCUGCGUGUUCGGGACCUCUGCCAACGAGGUCAUCUACAUCACGAAAAACGACCAUGUGUGGGCAUUUGGGCUGAACUGCAGUAACUGCCUAGGCACCGGGGACAGCCAGAGCUCCAUCCUGCCCAAGAAGCUAGACGUCCUGUGUGGGAAGAAAGUGGUCAGCCUCAGCUACGGGAGUGGGCCCCAUGUCCUCCUGGCCUCUGAGGAUGGCGAGCUGUUUGCCUGGGGUCACAACAGCUACAGCCAGCUGGGCAACGGAACCACCAACCAGGGUGUGGCUCCGGUUCUGGUGUCGGCCAACCUGCUCAACAAGAGGGUGACGGAGGUGGCCUGUGGGUCACAUCACUCCCUGGCAUUGACCGACGCUGGUGAGGUGUAUGCGUGGGGGUACAACAACUGUGGCCAGGUCGGGUCAGGCUCCACGGCCAACCAGCCCACCCCCCGACGAGUGUCCAACUGUCUGCAGAACAAGGUGGUGGUCAGCAUCACCUGCGGUCAAACCUCCUCCCUGGCUGUGGUCCAGAACGGAGAGGUUUACGGCUGGGGCUACAAUGGAAACGGACAACUGGGGCUGGGCAACAACGGGAAUCAGCUGACCCCUUGUCGACUGGUGGGUCUGCAGGGACUGCGUGUGUUACAAGUAAGUACAUACAUAUACACACACAAACGCACACACACAAACCUUCCUCCAGGAGAAACCCUUCUCCCCCUCCAGAUAGCUUCGGGCUACGCCCACUCCCUGGCCCUAACUGAUGAGGGCCUGCUGUAUGCCUGGGGGGCCAACACCUACGGGCAACUGGGGACGGGCAACAAGAGCAACCAGCUGAGCCCUGUCCAGAUCCUGACUGAGAAGGAGAGGAUCGUAGAGAUCGCAGCCUGCCACUCCACACACACGUCCGCAGCCAAGACCCAGAGUGGACAGGUCUACAUGUGGGGUCAGUGUCGGGGUCAGUCCAUUGUCCUGCCAUUCCUCACGCUCUUCUCCUGCACAGACGAUGUCUUCGCCUGCUUUGCCACGCCCUCCGUCACGUGGAGACUCCUCUCCCUGGAGCAUGAUGACUUUCUGACAGUAGCCCAGUCUUUGAAGAAGGAGUUUGACAGUCCGGAUACGGCCGACCUAAAGUUCAGUGUGGAGGGCAAAUACAUCCAUGUCCACAAAGCUGUCCUGAAGAUCAGGUGUGAGCACUUCCGGUCUAUGUUCCAGUCUCAUUGGAAUGAGGACAUGAAGGAGGUGAUUGAGAUCAACCAGUUCCCCUAUCCUGUCUACCGUGCCUUCCUCCAGUUCCUCUACACAGACAACGUAGACCUGCCCCCGGAGGACGCUAUUGGUCUGCUCGAUCUGGCCACGUCCUACUGUGAGAAACGCCUCAAGCGCCUGUGUCAGCACACCAUCAAGAGAGGCAUCACCGUGGAGAAUGCUUUCUCCCUGCUUGCUGCAGCUGUGCGUUAUGAUGCAGAGGACCUGGAGGAGUUCUGCUUUAAGUUCUGUGUGAACCGCUUGACAGAGGUGACCCAGACUGCAGCCUUCUGGCAGAUUGAGGGUAACCUGCUCAAACAGUUCAUCUGCCGAGCCAGCCGCUGCGGAGCCUUCAAGAACUGACCCCUGAACCCUUUCACCUGUCGUGGUCUUCAUCACAUGGUGGCUCGGCGUAAGCUAAGCUAACCAGGUCCUGGCCCUGCAGCCUGAUACUCAGCCGUCAGGCUGCCCUGUUAGCACUGUGGCUAACUGUUGGGUGCCAGAAGACAUUUAGAAGCAGCUCCUCUGACUGCUGCCCAAAGAGUGUUAUGGAACAGUUUAGAGGAGGUGUUUAAAUGCCGGUAGAUUUCCACUGUGCUUUUCUUUAGUCUGCCGAAAAAUGCCAGUUGGGGAUCAUGAUCUGUUUAUUCUCUGAUUGCUCCACAGAACCGUGUAGUACAGCUAGGUUAAAACUGAAUCGACGUCUGCAAACGUACAGUUACUGCAGUAUUCUGAGAAAACAACAGGUGUGAAUGUAAUAGCACAGGAUACAAUCGCAUUGAAUUUUGUGAAGGGAAAUUGUUCAGGUUUGAACAUCCAUGUAGGAUCCUUCAGUGAUUCCAUUCAUGAAAUAUACAUAUCAGUCUGAGUUAAAUCCAGCAGUGAUGGCAGCGUAUGGAGUAGGCAAACUGUGGCGGAGCUCUGUAUGAGAACCAGUUAUGCAUUCUGUUGGGUAGAACUCCUGUUUCCUUCCAUUCUUAUGUGUGGAUUGUUUUGUUCUUGGCAAAUGAGGAGCACAAUUGCACUUUGUGAUGUGCAGUGGAUUCUGGGUGAGAGAGUGAUUACAUGAGUAAUGGUUAUGUACAGAUCUCUCUGGCGCUUCAAUGUUCCAGCAUUUUGCAGAGGAUCUGGGGUUACGAGGUGGUCUAUAAUCUUAUGGGCUAAUCACCAUAAGAUUAUACAAGUCUAUGUUCUAUCAGUAAUAUUUUCACAGUCAUACUACUUCCACGUGAUUCCUCCUAUAAAAUAUUAUUUUUAAACAAUUACCUGCAGUCAAGAUGGCCAAAUAAGCAAGGAGAGUGUAUGUGUAUGAGUGUCCAUCUGUAUACAAAGUACAGUAACAAUUUUAAAACUAAGCAGUUGUCUUUUCUCUGACUAUGCCUUCAUAUUGGCAAACUCACAGCCCCUCCAAUGUGUCGCCAAAGCAAGCUGAUGAAACCGAUCUGGAUAGAAAAGGCUUCUUUGACAGAAGGGCUAAGUUUUGAUUACUAAAUCGAUAGUAGUUCAAAACCUACCACAUUUUAAGUGAUUUCACAACUAUACAACUACUUGACUGGUAUUAUUGUGUGGAUUCU